UGGGGGGGCCAAAUAAAAGCGAUGGCGAUUGGGCUGCCGGGUUUGGCGCUCGGUCCGGGAGCGUCCGACACCCACUGGGACGCAGAAGGCGGUGGGGCCCCGGCGGCGGCGGCGGCGGCGGCGGCGGCGGCGGCGCGCGAGAGCGGCGCGCGGGAGCGGCGCGGGCUGGGGCGCGGGGCGCAGAAUAAUCAUGGGCCAGACUGGGAAGAAAUCUGAGAAGGGACCGGUUUGUUGGCGCAAGCGUGUAAAAUCAGAGUACAUGCGGCUGCGGCAGCUCAAGAGGUUCAGGCGGGCUGACGAAGUUAAGAGUAUGUUUAGUUCCAAUCGUCAGAAAAUUUUGGAAAGAACGGAAAUCUUAAACCAAGAAUGGAAACAGCGAAGGAUACAGCCUGUCCACAUCCUGACUUCUGUGAGCUCAUUGCGCGGGACCAGGGAGUGUUCAGUGACCAGUGACUUGGAUUUUCCAACGCAAAUCAUCCCAUUAAAGACUCUGAAUGCAGUCGCUUCAGUACCCAUAAUGUAUUCUUGGUCUCCCCUACAGCAGAAUUUUAUGGUGGAAGAUGAAACGGUUUUACAUAACAUUCCUUAUAUGGGGGAUGAAGUUUUAGACCAGGAUGGGACUUUCAUUGAAGAGCUAAUAAAAAACUAUGAUGGAAAAGUACACGGGGAUAGAGAAUGCGGGUUUAUAAAUGAUGAAAUUUUUGUGGAGUUGGUGAAUGCUCUUGGUCAGUACAAUGAUGAUGAUGAUGAUGAUGAUGGCGAUGACCCUGAUGAAAGAGAAGAAAAACAGAAAGAUCUGGAGGAGAACAGAGAUGACAAAGAAAGCCGCCCGCCUCGGAAAUUUCCUUCCGAUAAAAUUUUUGAAGCCAUUUCUUCAAUGUUUCCAGAUAAGGGCACAGCAGAAGAACUAAAGGAAAAGUAUAAAGAACUGACCGAGCAGCAGCUCCCGGGGGCACUUCCUCCUGAGUGCACCCCGAACAUCGACGGGCCGAACGCCAAGUCCGUGCAGAGGGAGCAGAGCCUGCACUCUUUCCACACGCUCUUCUGCAGGCGGUGCUUCAAGUACGACUGCUUCCUGCACCCUUUUCACGCAACACCCAACACUUAUAAGCGGAAGAACACAGAAACGGCUCUAGACAACAAGCCGUGUGGACCACAGUGUUACCAGCACUUGGAGGGAGCAAAGGAGUUUGCCGCUGCCCUCACCGCCGAGCGGAUAAAGACGCCGCCGAAGCGGCCCGGAGGCCGCAGGAGAGGACGGCUCCCCAACAACAGCAGGCCCAGCACCCCCACCAUUAACGUGCUGGAAUCGAAAGACACAGACAGCGACCGGGAAGCGGGGACGGAGACGGGCGGGGAGAACAACGAUAAAGAGGAGGAGGAGAAAAAAGACGAGACUUCCAGUUCCUCGGAAGCGAAUUCUCGAUGUCAGACGCCAAUAAAGAUGAAGCCAAAUAUCGAGCCUCCCGAAAACGUGGAGUGGAGUGGUGCCGAGGCCUCGAUGUUCAGGGUCCUCAUUGGCACGUAUUAUGACAAUUUCUGUGCCAUUGCCAGGCUCAUCGGGACCAAAACUUGUAGGCAGGUGUAUGAGUUCCGUGUCAAAGAAUCCAGCAUCAUAGCUCCGGUGCCGGCCGAGGAUGUGGACACCCCUCCAAGGAAGAAGAAGAGGAAACACCGGUUGUGGGCUGCACACUGCAGAAAGAUACAGCUGAAAAAGGAUGGCUCCUCUAACCACGUUUACAACUACCAGCCCUGUGACCAUCCGCGUCAGCCUUGUGACAGUUCGUGCCCUUGUGUGAUAGCACAAAAUUUUUGUGAAAAGUUUUGUCAGUGUAGUUCAGAGUGUCAGAACCGCUUUCCCGGCUGCCGCUGCAAAGCCCAGUGCAACACCAAGCAGUGCCCGUGCUACCUGGCCGUGCGCGAGUGCGACCCCGACCUCUGCCUCACCUGUGGUGCGGCCGACCACUGGGACAGCAAAAACGUGUCCUGCAAGAACUGUAGCAUCCAGCGGGGCUCCAAGAAGCACCUGCUGCUGGCGCCGUCCGACGUGGCGGGCUGGGGGAUUUUCAUCAAAGAUCCCGUACAGAAAAAUGAAUUCAUCUCGGAGUACUGUGGAGAGAUUAUUUCUCAAGAUGAAGCAGACAGAAGAGGGAAAGUCUACGACAAAUACAUGUGCAGCUUUCUGUUCAACUUGAACAAUGAUUUUGUGGUGGAUGCAACCCGCAAGGGUAACAAGAUUCGUUUUGCAAAUCAUUCAGUAAAUCCAAACUGCUAUGCAAAAGUUAUGAUGGUUAACGGCGAUCACAGGAUAGGGAUUUUUGCUAAGAGAGCCAUCCAGACUGGUGAAGAGCUGUUUUUUGACUACAGAUACAGCCAGGCCGACGCCCUCAAGUACGUGGGCAUCGAGAGAGAAAUGGAAAUCCCUUGACAUCGGCUACCUCCUCCCCCCCCUCCUCCUUUCUGGAACAGCUGCCUUAGCUUCAGGAACCUCGAGUACUGUGGGCAAUUUAGAAGAAUAAAAUGCAGUUUGAAAUUCUGAAUUUGCAAAGUACUGUAAGAAUAAUUUAUAGUAAUGAGUUUAAAAAUCAACUUUUUAUUGCCUUCUCACCAGCUGCAAAGUGUUUUGUACCAGUGAAUUUUUGCAAUAAUGCAGUAUGGUACAUUUUUCAACUUUGAAUAAAAGAAUACUUGAACUUC